AUGGAACCAACGAACGCGAUCAUGUACCCGCUCCUGACGGAUAACGCGCUGAUGAUGAGUAUCGAGACGCUCGAGAGAACGUCCCAAGCAUGCUUGGAUAUGCCGCCAAUAGUCAGAGCCGCCGGUGUUCUGGCAAGAGACUCUUCGACCGAAAUCAUCGACGUGAACAAGCUGAGUCAGAAAAGUACAUCGAUGAUUCGUUACGUGGAAGUCGCUGAUGAAGGUGGUCGAUUAUACUGCGUGGACGGUAUGGUGAACACAUCCUGUUGGUUGAAGAUCGUCUCGUUCGCCAAAGAUUGUCAGAGCUGUAAUGUAGUCCUGAUGACCACCGAAAAAGGAGUAACGCUAAAAACGAUAAAAACCAUUUCACCGGGUGAACCUUUACUGAUGUGGUUCACCGAAAACGUCCUAGCGAUGAUGAACAUGCCCUUCCUGACACCGUGCAACAUUCAAGGUCAAAAUCGCUACAUCUGUCACAUGUGCGAUAAUCUGUUCGAGUAUCCAAAUCCUUUGAAGAUUCAUCUAGCUCUAAAGUGCAAUCGACUGGAGACUAAUCAUCUUUGGUCCCUGCUAGCGAAAGAGUUCAGUUUAUCGCCGAGAACCAACCUGUCUUUCAACUUGUUCCCACAGUCGACUUUCAGAUUCGAACUAACCAACUCAUCGCGGUCCUCGUCCACCAGGAUAUCGCCGAUCCUGGUGGAAACCAUGGACUCUAGUAUCUCUCUGACGAAUAACUCUCCGACGUCCUCCAACCAACAAUCGCCGUCGUCUUCGAAUCAGCCCUCGCCCACGCAGAUAUCCCCGAGCUCCUCUACUCAAGUUUCUCCCGUGACGAACGAUUUGAGCUAUAGGCACUCCGCCUUCAAACCGUACACGAAUCAGGCCAACGUGUUCACCGCGGUUUGCCCGUUGAACAGAGACGAGACCGUUUUGUCGACGUACAACGUACAAACGACUGCGCCGUCGAUUCCUACCGAGGUAAAUGCUGCACAAAUGGAAACGAUAGUCAGCAAUCUUGGAAAAUCGAAACAAGGACACCUGUGCAUCUAUUGCGGAAAAGUCUACUCGAGGAAAUACGGCUUGAAAAUACACAUAAGAACCCACACUGGCUACAAACCACUCAAAUGCAAGUAUUGCCUGCGACCAUUUGGUGACCCAAGCAAUUUAAACAAGCACGUUAGAUUGCACGCGGAUGGAGAAACUCCCUACAGGUGCGAAUUGUGCGGAAAAGUGUUGGUCAGAAGGAGAGAUCUUGAAAGGCAUGUUAGAUCGAGGCAUCAAGAAAACGUCGAACAAACUUCCGACACGUCGUCGGACGGAAUCGACGUUUAA